AUGGAUCAAAUCAUUUGGAUAAUGUGGAUAUCUUUAUUAUUAUUUACUGGUCAAAAUUAUACUGAUGCUGAUAAACUAGUUCAAUCUUCGUUAUCAACAACAUCAGACAUUAUGAAAAAUGCACAAUAUACUACUUAUAAUCAUACAGUUACACAAGGUGAACAAAUCACAUUACAUUGUAUACCAGAUCAUAACACAAAUUUCAUUAUAUGGUACUUUACACCAAUGAUUAUCAUGAAGAAUAAUAAUAAUAAUAAUAUCAAAGCAUUAUCAUUAUCUCAUCGAAAUGAUUCAUCUAUGAACGAAACUAUGAUGGAAACGAUUGAAUUAGCUGUUUGUAAACCUAAUGUAACAUGCAAAGAACAAAUUCAUUUAAUUGAUAUACAAGUUUAUUCAAAUGGUAUUUUAAUCAUAACUAAUGUUCAAUUAUAUCAUAGUGGUAAUUAUCAAUGUGCAAUGUUAGCUGGUGUUAAAACAGUAACAAUGAAUCGAUAUUUAAUUGUUCAAACACCACCAGCCAAACCUUCUAUUACAGUAAACAUACAAAUUACUAAUGAAAACUUAUUUGAAUCCAAUAAAGAAUCUAAUUUUAUUGAAGGGGAUUAUCUUAAUUUAUUAUGUCAAAGUGAUAAAGGAUUACCUCCACCUCAAAUAGUUUGGUCAUUUCUUCCAAUACAAAAUACAACUAUAACUUCAAUGAAAUUAGAAACAUUCAAUAAUAUCAAUUAUAAUAUAAAAGAUUCAUUCAAGAUAAGUGAAAACACCAAGUCAUCAGUGUAUUUUCCAACAAAUAUUCCUUAUGGAAACACAUCUAGUCAUUUUCGAUUGAAGGUAUCCCGGUCACAUGAUGGUAUGCAAAUUGUAUGUAAAGCUGUGAAUAGAAUAGGUUCAAGUAUAUCAGAACCAUAUAGAAUCUCUGUAAGAUAUGCUCCAGUCAUUUUACAGUUUUCCAAUGAACCUUGGAUUGUUUUAUAUGAAGAACCAAGUACUACUGUUUGUCAUGCUAUAGGUAAUCCUAAACCAUCUAUAUAUUGGAUAGAUCAAUAUGGUCAAAGAAUAUCAAAAACAGAACAAUUAAAUUCAGCGAUAUUCAAUAAAAUUCUAAUCAAAGAUGAAUUGGGUAAAGUUUCCAAAAAUAAUUGGACAAUAAAUGUAACAUGUACAGCGAAUAAUAUAAUGGGAAGUAUAGAAAAAUCAUUAAUCAUUGAAUUUUAUUUUGCUCCCAUAAUUAAAACAACUGAUGUUGUUUAUGUACAUCAUAGUGAAUCAGUUCGUUUAUUAUGUGAUGCUAUUUCAAAUCCACCACCAAUCAAUAUAUUCUGGUAUCGAAAAUCCAAUAAGAUCUCAUCACAUUUAAUUCAAUCCAAGUAUAUUUAUAAUAAUGAUCUAUUCAAAACAAUUCAUAGUAUAUCUAAAUAUUCAUCUAAUUCUAAUAUAAGUAAUGAUAGAUUACAUUGGUUAAGUCCAAUACUUCAAAUUAAUUCCAUUACAAUAGAUGAUGCUGGAAUUUAUGUAUGUGUAGCUGAGAAUACAAUUCAAUUAAAAAAUAAUGAACCAUUUGUUUAUCGUAGAGAAAGUGAAACACAAUUAUUAGUUUAUUAUUCACCUGGUAAACCAACAAUCCACAAAAUUUCAAAUUUGCAAACUGAUGAAAACAUAACUGUAAUAUUAAAAUGUAAUCUGAAUACUAAACUCCCUGGACUUCCAAUUCCUUCUAUUGAAUGGUUAUGGAGUCCAAAUUCUUGUAAAACAAUAAAAUCAAAAGAUUUAAUUACUCCAAUACCAUUUAAACCAAAAUUAUCAGAAUAUGAAGAUCAAUUAUUGAUUAAUUUAACGGAUACAUUUGUUGAUGGUUUAUAUUAUUGUCUAGUACAAAAUGAUAAUGGUAAUGCAAUAAGUGAUCCAGUUAGUAUUACAGUACAAGAAGAACCACAAAUAAUUGAAGAACCAAAUAUUGAUAAUAUAUUAAAUCCAUCAUUUAAUUCAAUGCCUACACCAUAUCUUCGUUGUGUUGCUCAUGGUAAACCUGCACCACAAAUUAAUUGGUUUCAUGAUAAUUCUAUUAUUCAUACAACAUCAACUACGAUGAAUUCUGUUACGUUAAGAACCUCAAAUGAUAUUCAUUGUUCAUGGAGAAAAAUUUUAACUACUGUUAAAUGUAUUGAAUAUGAAACUGGUUCAUAUACAUGGGAAACAACAAGUGAAUUAAUCUGGGGUUAUAAUGAUACAUUUAAUAAUAUACAAAUUAAAUGUCAAUCAUUUUAUAUUAUGAAUGAAGGUAGUUAUACAUGUCAAGCAAUCAAUAAUUUCGGUUAUGAAUAUUCAAACCCGGUACAUAUAAUUUUAAAAUAUCCACCUAUUCUAUUACAUCAAUCUAUUAUAAAACAAAUAAUACCAUAUCAACAAUCAUUACAACAAUUAAAUCAACAUUUAAUCAAUUCAACAAUCAUUAAAAAAAAAUCAAUAUUAACAAAUUAUACAAAUAAAUUCACAUGUUUUUUUAAAGCUAAUCCACCCCCUAAUCAAAUUAGAUGGUAUUAUAUAACUAUGGAAACAUUUAAUAUAUAUUUAAAUCAAAUUUAUAAAAAUCAAUCUAUCAAAUCAUUAUUAUGUCAUCAACAAAUACCUAAUGAUCAAUUACAUUUAGUUGCUAUGCAUAAAUAUAAUCAAUAUAUAAAUAAAACUCAACAGUUUUUUAUUAAAUUAUUAACAGGAAAUAAAGUGAAAACAAUUUUAAAAAAUUAUUAUGUUACUAUGAAUAUGAUCUAUGAUGAUUCAUCAUUAUAUUUAACUCAAUUAAUUAUGAAUCAAUUAAAUUCUAUGAUUAAAUAUGGUGUUUAUUUAUCUUCUAUUAUAAAUAAUGAAGGUUGUCAACAAUGUAUUAUAUUAUUACAAAAUUAUAGUACACCUGAAACUCCAAAAAACAUUGAAGUAAUAGAAAUUACAUGGGAUAAAUUAACACUUGGUUGGAUUCCUGGAUUUGAUGGUGGUUAUGAACAAACGAUUGUUAUACAAUUUUUAAAAGUUUUUCAUAAAGAUCAAUCAGUUACUGGAAAUAAUCUACCUAAAUCAAUGUUAAUCAAUCAUGUACCAAGAUUACCAAUAUAUCAACAAUGUCAAAUAUCAGGUUUAACACCGAAUACCAUUUACACUUUUGUAAUUUAUGGAAAAAAUGAUUUGGGACAUGGUAAAUUAUCUAAAGAAUAUACAAUUACUACUAAAGAACUUAUCUUCCCAAGAUUAAAUAUAAAUUACAAUCAAAAUAAUUUCAUUCAAUUAAACUUUUCACAUAGAAAUGAUUCAAAAUUAUUUUGUAUCAAAACUGACUACUUACAAGUCAAUCAUAUAAAUUGGUCAACAUUUAUAGAUACAUGUCAAUCAUCAAUUGAUCAUGAUCAAUUAAUAUUAUCAAAAAAUAAAGAUAUUUCAAUCGAUUACAUUGAAACAUAUCCAUUAAUCAAUAAUAUUGGAGGUCGUAUCGAUUCUAAAUUACAAUUACGUAAUCAUGUAAAAACAAAUAAAACUGUAAUACAACAUAAUCUUGAUGACGAUGAUGUUAAUGUUGAUGAUGAUGAUGUUGAUGGUGGUGGUGGUAGUAAAAUAGAAUAUGCUCAAGCGAAUUCAGAUGAUCCAAAUCCAUUGAAAGUAAUGAAAAAAUCAAAAUAUAAUUAUAAACAAUCAUGGAUAUUACAUAAUUUAACCCAAAAUGACAAUGUUUCAAAUCAAACAAUUCACGGUGAACAUAAUAACCAAUCAUAUCUUGGUGUGAAAUUUCAGAAAGAUCAACAUAUUGCUUAUCGUAUAUGGAUAUGUGUACGAAAUCAAACAGACAUUUGUCAUGAAGAAAAAUUAUUCACUGAAAAUUCUUUAUUCAACUCAAAUUAUUCUUAUUUCAAAAGGAACUUUGGAUGGAUUAUGAUUGUCAUACUGAUAGGGUCUAUUAUUAUUAUUAUUUGUAUAAUUCUUAUUAUUCUUUAUAUAAAACAUCAUCAAUCAAUCAAUUUACCAAAUAUUCCAUUAAUUCAUGAUAAAGAUAAAUUUCUAAUACAAUCUAAUCAUGAUCUAUGUGUAAAUAUGAAUAAAUUAAAUGGAUCAUUACCACAAUCCAAUCAGACUAUAUUGCAUAAUACAUUAAAUGAAACAAAUAUGAAACAUUCUACAUCCAGUUUAACAAUAUCUGAAACAAAUUUUUCAACUCAUUCAACUCUUAUCCCUAUAACAUGUGAUAUUACAACACAUAAUCCUAUAUCAUUAUUAUCUAUUCAUCCUAAUUUACAUAAUUCUAUUGUAAAAUCAUCUACUAUUGAAUUAACACCAACAUUAAUUGAAUAUAGGCCAACAACAAUGAAUUUAUGCCCAAAUUCAAUAAAUCAAUAUCAUAUGUCAUCAACAUGUUCAUUAAUUCCUUUAACAACUAAUCAUUUAUAUCAUAAUGAUCAUUUAUCAUCUAUUUCAAAAUGUAUUGUUGAUUCAUCAUCAAUUAUAAUAAUUCCAGCUAAAACAAUUGAUUUACAACAAUGUACAAAUGAAAAUUAA